UAUGAGCUUCGUUUGUCCCCAUCAGAGCAUCAACACACAUUUAGUCUGUUAAGGCCCAUAAAGGUAGCAUUUAAUUAUGAAUAUUCAAAAUCACAGGCAAUAGUACUGCGAUGCAAAAACGACCUUGCUGCUUACCGUUAUGAGAAAGACAAACAUAUUGAUUACGCUCUUCUUGAAUUGGAUAUUGAUGAAUCUAUUUCUGUUAACUGUUCUCAAUUGCUCAGAAAUUACAAACAUGCCCCUCCUAAUGCACCUCCUAAUAGUGGUGGGAUUUACAUUGUGGGACAUCCAGAUUGUGGGGAAAAAAUGGACCCCUGCUUCAUCAUUGAGAUUGAGAAUCGAUUACAGGCUAUAAAUAAUCACAUAUCUCAGAAUAGGUUAUAUCCAUAUGUGUCAUUGCAAUGUUGGCCUUAUCUUAAAGAAAACGACAUUACCUAUGACACUUGUUUCUUUCAUGGAUCUUCUGGCUCCCCAGUUUUUGAUGAAUACUGCUAUCUGAUUGGUAUGCACACUGGUGGAUUUGAUUACAAAGAAGGUGAUAUAACCAGAAGUGUUAUAGAAUUUGCCUAUUCCAUGCAGUCCAUCCUAGAAAGUCUCAAAAAUGAGGUCAAGACAAAGAGACCUGACAUCUUAAACUUACUUUCUGAAUUUGAAUUUAUGAAAGAACUCCCUGAGGAAACUGAGGGUGCACGUGGAGCAAACAUGCCCAUGGAGGAACAAUUCCAGAAUCAAGAAGAUGUGAAAAUGGAAAUAGAUUAAAAGGACAUUGGGGU